AAAAUACGGUUUAAAGAAAAAUUAAAACCCACAUACACUUUAAAACAGGGGUUUACUGAAGAUUAGUUCAGUGCUGCUCCAAUCGGAUUAUGCGGUUUUUGAACACCCAAAACCCGACUUCAAAUCAUUUAUUAUUAUUUCUUUUUGUUUUUUGUAAUUCAUUCCAAAUGAUUAUUAUGUAAAAUUCCACAAUAUCAACGAUUCCGUCCAAGAUCGAUAUAUCCUAAUCCUGAAAGUCGGAUGCAGCGACAGUUAUAUCCAAACAGUCCAAAAAUUUCUACCGUCUUCCUCAUUUCUAAGCUCUCCAAAACAUAUUCUAUUGCAGAAGAAGAAGAGGCGGUAAAACGAUGUCGCCCGUUGACGGCUACCACGAUUAUCUACCCCAAGCACCCGAAUACUUUCAGCAACUUCCCUCCGAAGUGCGAUGGUAUAUUCUUGAUGACAAUCAACAAAGUUUUGGACCUUACGCAAUCCAUGAAAUGCGCGAGCAUUUCUUGAAUGGGUUUCUCUCAGAAAGUUCAUUUGUAUGGACUGAAGGAAGAGUUGAUUGGCAACCAUUGUUUGCAAUACCUGAUUUGCUUUCACAACUUACUCUACAGAGAGCUGAUACUUCUCUAUCAGCAUCCAUCAACAGUGAUAUUGAGUCGGAGAAGUGGAAUGAUGUUAGAGGGGCAGAGAGAGGCAUUGUUGGCUUGCAAGAUGGAUCUCAGUCUAGUAAUAAACAGCAAAUUAAUACCUCUUCUGCAGUGCGUUCCAAUGAUAAUGAGGAUGAAUUUGAGAAAUGGCAGAGGGAGAUUUCAGAGGCAGAGGCUGAAGCUGAUAGACCUCAGUCGCCACCAGAGGGCGAGGAAGAAUUUACAGAUGAUGAUGGGACCACAUACAAGUGGGAUAGAGGUCUUAGAGCAUGGGUUCCUCAGGACAAUACUUCAAGCGUGACUGGACAAUAUGGCUUAGAAGAAAUGACCUUUUUGCAAGAAGAGGACGUUUUUCCAACUGUGGAUAUAAACAAUGCAGCUUUCAAGGAGGAAAUCAAUGGUAGCGGUGAAAGUGAAACACUGGAAUCAAAACAUAAUGGCAAGAGGAAAUUACAGGGAUUGCAAGAUGAUAGUAAAAUGCAAGCUGAUAAGGACACACAACCUGAUAAAAAGGAAAAGGAAGCUGAUAAGAAGGAAGCCAAUAAGGCCCCUGAUAGUUGGUUUGAAUUGAAAGUUAACACGCACGUUUAUAUAACUGGGUUGCCUGAUGAUGUCACAUCUGAAGAAGUGGUGGAGGUAUUUUCCAAGUGUGGGAUAAUCAAAGAGGAUCCUGAAACAAAAAAGCCUCGUGUGAAGAUCUAUGUUGACAAAGAGACUGGAAGAAUAAAGGGAGAUGCAUUAGUUACAUUUUUAAAGGAACCAUCAGUUGAUCUGGCAUUGCAAAUUUUGGAUGGUACACCUUUACGGCCUGGUGGCGCAGUCCCUAUGUCUGUCAGCCGAGCCAAGUUUCAGCAGAAGGGGGAUAGAUUUAUACCUAAACAAGCAGAUAACAAGAAGAAAAAGAAGCUAAAACGAGUUGAGGAGAGAAUACUUGGUUGGGGUGGACGUGAUGAUGUAAAGGUUUCAAUUCCAGCAACUGUUGUUCUUCGUUACAUGUUCACUCCUGCUGAAAUGAGGACUGAUGAGAAUUUACGUUCGGAGCUGGAGGUGGAUAUUAGAGAGGAAUGUGUAAAGCUUGGUCCAGUUGAUUCAGUCAAGGUGUGUGAGAAUCAUCCACAAGGUGUUGUCUUGGUAAAAUUUAAGGACAGGAAGGAUGCACAGAAUUGCAUUGAAUUGAUGAAUGGACGGUGGUUUGGUGGUAGACAGGUACAUGCAAGUGAGGAUGAUGGAUCAGUUAAUCAUGCCUUGGUCCGGGAUCUUGAUCAAGAUGCUGCAAGACUGGAACAAUUUGGUGCUGAACUUGAAGGUGAAUGAGUUAAUAUUUUCCUUGCAAUGGCCCUAACCCUGAACAUAUUUUCAUGAUGAAUCAAAUUUUGUACUGAAAUACAAGUUAGAAAUGGUUACGUUGUAUCUCAGAGAAAAUAGGUAGAAAAUUGAAAAGCUGUUGAGUUAAAUUCCUUGUAUAUUUUUAGACCAAGAGAUUGUGCAAAUUAAUGUUAGAGAUGCUUUGAAAUGCAUUUGCUAUAGAGAAAACUUGAGAAGGGUUAA